GUUUUGUUUUGCCUAAUUUUGAAUCUUUAGGUUUGAAGUUUAGAUUGAUGGGGACGACGAAGAAUGCUGCAACACAGGUCUUUUGGGACCUGAACACAGGCGUUGAGGAAAUUAGGCUACUCUGGUGACGUCUUCAUCACUGGCAUUGGCAUACUAACAGACGUCUCUACCGAGGUCCUACAAGCGCUCUAUUCCUCCGGAGUCUCUCUUUGUAACGUCCGAACCCAUUGUUUUGGCGUUGAAAUGAAGAUCACCUGUUCGCUAAGUAAACCUCCUAGGGAUAAUUUAAUGCUCAUAUCUAGUGAGAGGAGCUUCGUUUCAUAUCUUGACAUGCUAGCGAUGAAACGAGUUCCGGUUAUUCGGGAAUUACAAUCGGAUGAGGUGUCGCCAAUCGUCUGGGAAAGGUUUCUAUCGGCAGGUGGAGUGGAUUCAGGAGACCUUGAUGAGGACCCCGGUUGGUCUUGUGAAGUAUGCUUUUCUACUGGCCAUGGCUUUGAAAAUUUCCUCGUGCAUCUCAAACACACACCUAGGAAUGAGGCGACUAAAGAUGAAGAAGAAGAUGAAGAUGAUGACACACCUAGGAAUGAGGCCUCGGAGAAGCAAUCAGAGGCAAGUAGUGAGGCCUCGAAGAAGCAAUCAGAGGCAAGUUUAGCUUUCUAAUUUUCAGAAUAAUUUUUUCUUCCUUAUUGCAAGUGUUUCAUUCAACCCAAAUAAGUCUGUUUUCUCUGGAAACAAUUGAGACUCCAAUUACGAAAUAGAAUAAUAUAUGAUCUUUAUUUACUGACUUUGAUGGAUGAUAAAACAUUGUAGCGAGAAUGCAAGAAACAGAGGACUUGAACAAGACAAGACAAGACUUCUAAAGAAGAAGAAUAAGAGGAAGAAGAACACUUUAAGGCAUUUCAUAUCUUAUGGUUUGUGACUUAUCCGGCAUAACAUAUUACUACUGUGUCUUAUGGUUUGUGACUUAUCAAAAGACAUAACAUAUUGUAUAAGCUAUUCAUAUCCAUCACAAUUUGAUUCAUGAUCUUAGGCCUGGGACUUCGGUUUAACCAAACCAAACCAAACCGAGCCGGUUAAUUCCGGUUUUUGGUUAUUAAGAUUGUGAAAAUUCUGCCGAAAAUAACCGAAAACAAGUUUGGUUUCAUUAUCGGUUAUUUAGAUUUUUUUAGACAUUACCAAAAUUAACCGAAAUCUAUCGGCACACCCAACAUCAUUGUCGUCACCGUCUCCCAGUGUCUACCACCUGCCGUCGCUGUUUUAAGAACCUUAGACGGCUUCAGAUUUGAUGUUUUUGAAGAAGAACGAGGUUAAAAAAAAAAAAAUAGUGGCUGUAGUU